CUGAUAACUGAACCAUAUAAGUCUCAGGUUUUUGCUGCACUGGAUGUUGGCUGUGAAAUUUCCCUGGCUACAAGUUGGCUCACAUUUCUUCAAGAUGAGUGCUGGUGACAAGCAUCUGCUUUUUCACUGUGUUCUUCUGUCUGCCAUGGUUUCAUGCCAUGGCAACAAUCCUUUCUUCAAUGACAAUAAAAACCUCGUACUUCCGGCGUCCUACAAUAUUCCGUGGAUGGCUGGCAUUGAGGAUUUCCGCCCCCUGUCUCUUAUCACCAUCCCUGGCAGUCACAGCAGCAUGGCUCGCUAUGGAGGCCCUGAGUCAGAAUACCAGGUCCUGUCUCUGAGUGACCAGCUCAGAGCUGGGAUUCGUUUCCUGGAUCUCAAAGUGUUGGAACUGGAAGGCACCCUCUACGUCAUGCAUGGGGUGAUAUACGAGCGCAGCACAUUCAGAGAUGUUCUGGACACUGUUAAAGCUUUCUUGUCUGAGUUUAAGAGUGAGGCUGUGCUCAUUAGAGUGGUGCCAGCGAUUUUGAACAAGAAUAAGGUAAAUGAAAUGGUGCAGAAUCUGAUUAGCAAUGACCAGCAUGUGUGGGUGACCUCUGGCAUGCCGAAUAUAGGCCAGGUGAGGGGGAAAUUGGUCUUUUUGCAGAAAAGCACCUUCACACUAGGAAUUCCCCUCACAGAGACGGAUGAGAAUAGCAGCAAUAAGGUUAGCAGAGUUAAAGAAGAGGACAACAAACUAAUCAAACAGCUGACCCAAGCCACUGAGGCUAGUGGGGGUGAUAACAUUGUUUUGACUUACACAAGCGGCACUGGCUUUGGGACUUUCCUAGGAAUGUUUCUGACCCCAAAAAGAGUGGCAGAAAAGGUGAACCCAUGGCUCAAUCAGUACCUCAGGCAGUUUUAUCCCAAUCAUCCCAGACCAUGCUUUGGGAUUAUUGCCAUGGACUUCCCUGGCUUUGACCUCAUUCAAACUGUUAUCAAUUUGAACUGGUGGUAGAGGUUAAGUAGCUUUGCCUCCUAAUCAAAAGAGCUAAAAUGACAUGCAUUACUAUGAAAUUGUUCCUAUGACAUUUCUGUCAUUCUUCACUGUAAGGCAGUGUUUCCUGAACAGUGUAACAGCACAACAACCUCUGAUGUUAACUUUGAUGAAAGUGAAAUCAAUAAAACAAUCAAUCGUA